CCUUACACUCGCGUGUAAGCGCUACGAAUCUCUCACUCUCUCCUCAAGUGGAAUCAAAUUCUUUGUACCCAGUCCCAUCCUUCACUGUCCAUUGCAGCACAAACAAAAAGAGGGCAAACAAUUUCAGUGUAGAUCUUCCAUUGUUGAGCUCUGAAAAGUGCAAAAAAAGCAGGAAAAUUAAAAGGUUCUUCAACCCCAUUGUUGAAGAUCGAAGGAAUCUCCCCCUUUCAAUGGUUUGAAGCAGCUUGAUCUGUUUUUUUUGGUGCUGUUGCUGUUUAUAAUGGUUUCGAGGUCUUAUUCUAACUUGUUAGAGCUUGCUUCUGGUGGUUGUUCUCCUACUUUUGGCCUUGGCCGAGAGAAGAAGAGGCUUCCUAGAGUGGCUACUGUGGCUGGAGUCUUGUCUGAACUUGACGAUGAUAGCUGCAACAGCACUGGUUCGGAUGCCCUUUCGUCGGUAUCGCAAGACCGUAUGAUCAUUGUUGGGAAUCAGCUCCCGAUUCGAGCACAUCGAGACGAUAAUGGAGAAUGGGAGUUUAGUAUGGAUGAAGAUUCACUUCUUUUACAGCUUAAAGAUGGACUUGGAGAAGAUGUGGAGGCGAUUUAUAUUGGUUGUCUUAGAGAAGAGGUUGAUCCAAGAGAGCAAGAUGAUGUUGCACAAACACUCUUGGAUCGAUUCAAGUGUGUCCCGACGUUCCUUCCUCCCGAGCUUUUUAGUAAAUUUUAUCAUGGAUUCUGCAAGCAACAUUUAUGGCCAUUGUUUCACUAUAUGCUUCCCUUGUCACCGGACCUUGGUGGUCGAUUCGAUAGGUCGCUUUGGCAAGCGUAUCUUUCCGUGAAUAAGAUAUUUGCAGAUAAAGUUAUGGAAGUGAUUAGUCCUGAUGAUGACUUCGUUUGGGUUCAUGAUUACCAUUUGAUGGUUUUGCCAACAUUUUUGAGGAAGAGGUUUAACAGGGCAAAGCUCGGAUUCUUCCUACAUAGUCCAUUUCCUUCGUCCGAGAUUUAUCGAACCCUUCCCGUAAGAGAUGAACUUCUUCGAGCACUAUUGAACUCUGAUCUCAUUGGCUUCCACACGUUUGAUUAUGCUAGGCACUUUUUAUCUUGCUGUAGCCGAAUGCUCGGUUUGUCUUAUCAAUCUAAGCGAGGCUACAUUGGGCUUGAAUACUACGGUCGUACGGUGAGUAUUAAGAUUCUUCCUGUCGGUAUUCAUAUCGGUCAGCUACAGAAUGUAUUGAAUCUGCCUGAGACGGUAUCCAAAGUUGCUGAAUUGCAAGAGCGGUUCAAGGGUCAAACUGUUUUGCUCGGGGUCGAUGAUAUGGACAUAUUUAAAGGGAUCAGCCUGAAACUUUUGGCGUUCGAACAAUUGCUCCGACAACAUCCCGAGAGAUGGGGUAAAGCUGUGUUGGUACAGAUUGCGAACCCUGCACGAGGCAGAGGGAAAGAUGUACAGGAGGUUAUGGCUGAAACUACUGCAACGGUGGAUAGAAUUAAUGCAACAUUCAGAAGGCCAGGAUAUGAGCCUGUGGUUUUGAUCAACACUCCCUUGCAGUUUUACGAGCGAAACGCUUAUUAUGCAAUUGCUGAAUGCUGCCUUGUUACAGCGGUGAGAGACGGGAUGAAUCUUAUACCUUACGAGUAUAUUAUAUGUCGACAAGGCAACGAAGAACUCGACAAUGUUCUCGGGCUAAAUCCUUCAACUCCAAAGAAGAGCAUGCUCGUGUUGUCUGAGUUUAUUGGGUGUUCACCAUCACUUAGUGGUGCUAUUCGUGUUAAUCCUUGGAAUAUUGAAGCUGUCACCGAAGCGAUGGACUCUGCCCUGGUAAUCCCGGAGGCCGAAAAGCAACUGCGACAUGAAAAGCAUUAUAGGUAUGUUAGUACGCACGAUGUUGCGUAUUGGGCACGAAGCUUUUUGCAGGAUUUGGGCAGGGCUUGCAGAGACCAUUCCAUGAGGAGGUGCUGGGGCAUAGGUUUCGGUUUAGGAUUUCGAGUCAUUGCCCUGGAUCCAAAUUUCAGGAAGCUUUCGGUUGAUCAUAUCGUUUCGGUGUAUAAACGAACCUGUCACCGAGCAAUUUUGUUAGAUUAUGAUGGUAUCAUGAUGCUUCCUGGAUCGAUUAGUAUGAAUCCAACUUCAGAAGCCCUUGGAAUCCUGAACAACCUGUGUAAAGAUCCUAAAAAUGUCGUGUUCCUCGUUAGCGGAAAGGAUCGAAAAACUCUGACCGAAUGGUUUUCACAGUGCGAAAAACUUGGAUUAGCUGCAGAACAUGGUUUUUAUCUUAGGCCAAAUCAUACAGCAGAUUGGGAGACGUGUGUAGGUGUGACCGAUUUCGACUGGAAACAGAUUGCAGAACCCGUUAUGCAAUUGUAUACCGAGACAACCGAUGGCUCUACAAUCGAAACUAAAGAGAGUGCGCUCGUUUGGAACUACCUUUACGCGGAUCCUGAUUUCGGGUCGUGCCAGGCCAAGGAACUUUUAGAUCACCUGGAAAGUGUUCUUGCCAAUGAGCCAGUUUCUGUCAAGAGUGGGCAACACAUUGUAGAAGUUAAACCUCAGGGUGUAAACAAGGGCAUUGUAGCAGAACAUCUCUUGCAAACAAUGAAGGAGAAAGGAAUGCUUCCCGAUUUCGUUCUAUGCAUUGGAGACGACAGGUCGGACGAGGAUAUGUUCGAGGUGAUAACAAGUGCAAAAGCCACCCUUCCUCCCGGUGCCGAAGUGUUCGGUUGCACCGUUGGCCAGAAACCGAGCAAGGCUAAGUACUACUUAGAAGACACACACGAAAUCUUGAGAAUGUUACAAGGUCUCACCCAUGCGUCCGAGCAUGCCGCUAGAGCUGCUCCGCAGAUGACGACGACGACGACGACAACGACGCCUCACAGAGUGGUAAUUUCAGAGAGUAAAUAACCUGAAAGGGCUGUUGUUAUUGUUGUGUAUAUGAAGUUAGCUCUGUGAAAAAAGUCUGUUAUUGCUGUUUGAUGUUCUAUUGGUGCAAUUCUUCUGUCCAUAUGGCCAUUUGAGUUCGGAGAAAACUAUGUAGUUUUGACUGUGCUAAUGAUUGGAAUUUUAAUGCAUUUUAUCAAUU